UGGGACGUCGAGUCGCGCCAGAGGAGGCUGCACAGAGGCGUCCUGCGGACCAUGAACUGAGCCUGGGUCCCGGACGUUCAUGAGCACAGUGUGAGGUACACCAAGACCCGCCACCCUAGCCUCCCUCCCCGGCACUGAGGACCUCUGGACAAGAUGGGGAGGAAAAAGAUUCAGAUCCAGCGAAUCACUGACGAGCGGAACCGGCAGGUGACCUUCACCAAGCGGAAGUUCGGGCUGAUGAAGAAGGCGUACGAGCUCAGCGUGCUGUGCGACUGUGAGAUCGCCCUGAUCAUCUUCAACCACUCCAACAAGCUGUUCCAGUACGCCAGCACCGACAUGGACAAGGUGCUGCUCAAGUACACCGAGUACAACGAGCCGCACGAGAGCCGCACCAAUGCCGACAUCAUCGAGACCCUGAGGAAGAAGGGCUUCAACGGCUGUGACAGCCCCGAGCCGGACGGGGAGGACUCGCUGGAACAGAGCCCCCUGCUGGAGGACAAGUACCGGCGCGCCAGCGAGGAGCUGGACGGGCUCUUCCGGCGCUACGGGUCAGCUGUCCCGGCCCCCAACUUCGCCAUGCCUGUCACGGUGCCCGUGUCCAAUCAGAGCUCACUGCAGUUCAGCAAUCCCAGCGGCUCCCUGGUCACCCCCUCCCUGGUGACAUCAUCCCUCACAGACCCGCGGCUCCUGUCCCCCCAGCAGCCAGCACUACAGAGGAACAGCGUGUCUCCAGGCCUGCCCCAGCGGCCGGCUAGUGCGGGGGCCAUGCUGGGGGGCGACCUCACCAGCGCUAACGGAGCCUGCCCCAGCCCGGUCGGGAAUGGCUACGUUAGCGCCCGGGCUUCCCCUGGCCUCCUCCCUGUGGCCAACGGCAACAGCCUGAACAAGGUCAUCCCUGCCAAGUCUCCGCCUCCGCCCACCCACAGUGCCCAGCUCGGAGCCCCCAGCCGCAAGCCCGACCUGAGGGUCAUCACCUCCCAGGGAGGAAAGGGAUUAAUGCACCACUUGACUGAGGACCAUUUAGAUCUGAACAACGCCCAGCGCCUUGGGGUCUCCCAGUCUACCCACUCGCUCACCACCCCUGUGGUUUCCGUGGCAACACCGAGUUUACUCAGCCAGGGCCUCCCCUUCUCCUCCAUGCCCACUGCCUACAACACAGAUUACCAGCUGACCAGUGCCGAGCUGUCCUCCUUACCGGCCUUCAGCUCUCCAGGGGGGCUGUCCCUGGGCAGCGUCAGUGCCUGGCAGCAGCCCCAGCAGCCCCAGCAGCCGCAGCAGCCACAGCCUCCACAGCCCCAGCCGCAGCCACAGCCGCCGCAGCCACAGCCGCAACCGCAGCCUCCACAGCCACCUCAGCAGCAGCCCCACCUGGUCCCCGUGUCUCUCAGCAACCUCAUCCCGGGCAGCCCCUUGCCUCAUGUGGGUGCUUCCCUCACCGUCACCACCCACCCCCACAUCAGCAUCAAGUCAGAGCCGGUGUCCCCGAGCAGAGAGCGCAGCCCCGCGCCUCCCCCUCCAGCGGCUGUGUUCCCUGCCGCCCGCCCGGGCCCCGGCUGUCCUCCAACCCUUCCUUUCCAUCCCCGUUGCCUGCCUGCAGCCCGGGCAGCCCCUUGCCUCAUGUGGGUGCUUCCCUCACCGUCACCACCCACCCCCACAUCAGCAUCAAGUCAGAGCCGGUGUCCCCGAGCAGAGAGCGCAGCCCCGCGCCUCCCCCUCCAGCGGCUGUGUUCCCUGCCGCCCGCCCGGGCCCCGCGCCAGGCGAUGGGCUCAGGUCUCCUUGCCUGUGUAGCAGGAUGUGGCCACCAUGCCCCGGCUGGGGGCGAGCCCCUGCAGUUCGCGGUGCAAUUUUUGUCAGCUUUGCCCUCUGCUCGGAAGAGCGGGCCUGGCUCCUGA